UGAAAAUUUCCUUCCGCUGUGCAUCGGAUUGGGAAAAUUGAUUGGUACAAGACCUGCAAAACGGUGUGUCUGACAUAGGAAUCACUCCAAGCUAUAUGUCUACUGAACGCAUCCAACGCGUUCGUUUCCUUAGCAUGACCGGCCCACUGAACUACAGAUUUGUGUUUCGAUCCCCGAAACUUUCCUAUACAGACAACGUAUUUGCCUCGGCGUUCCACCGAAAAGUUUGGCUCUCAACUUUGGUCAUAAUAUUGAUGGCUGCCGCUGUUGAAGUGACCAUCAAUAGUGUCGAGCGUCGAAUGACCCUGGUCAGGGAUCGUCAUCUGCGAAAGGUUACGUUCAGUGAAGCUCUGCUCAGUAUGAUCAGCAUCGUAGGUCAACAGGAAGCACUGGUCAAUACGCGAAGUCUUUCAUCCAGAACCCUCAACAUGAUGAUGCUGAUUAGUUUGAUGUUCCUGUACAUCUGCUUCUCGGCUAACAUAGUGGGAUUGAUCCAAUCACCCUCGAGCCGUAUUCGAAGCCUGGAUAGUUUGUUGAAUUCCGGAAUGAUUUUGGCGGCUAACGAUGAUCGAAUCAAUAGAAUUUUCAUGACGAAUCAAUCUGACCCUACUCGAAACGCUAUUUACACGAAAAUUCUCGAAGAAAAUAAUUUCAUUUCAAUUUCGGAUGGCUCGGAACGCAUUCGACAGGGUUUGUUUGCCUUCCACGGGGAAACAUCGGACAUCUACAGGUACAUGCUCGAUAACUAUCGAGAGGAGGAAAAAUGCAACCUGCAAACGCUGGAUUUUCUUCCCAAACUGGAUGGAUACUUCUCAAUGGCCAAGGAUUCACCAUAUCUGGAGCAUGUUAAAGUUGGAUUGUUAAAGCUUCGUGAGCGUGGCUUUCAACAGCGGGAGCUGAUAGCCCACUCGAAUCAUCGACCGCCGUGCAUUGGUGAUAGCGUUUUUGUGCCGGUUUCUAUGAUCGAUGCCCUCUUUGCUAUCGAGCUGAUGGCCUGGUCUGUUGGAUUGGCCGUCGUGGUUUUUGGAGCUGAGCUGGCAGAGCAACGUUACGGGUUUUUUGGCUCAAUUCGUCGUUGGCUGAAGUGCUCUGCGCGAGAUGCAUUAUUUAUGAGAAGUCGGAACGUCUACGAUAAUUAAUUUUCUUGUAAAUUUAAUUCCUUUUGAAAAUUUGUCAAAUUACCAAUUUAAAUUCAAGAUUGGCUUAUUCACAAUACUUAUCAAAUAAAUAUUUGUCAAAUUAAGCUCCAGGAAAAGCCGCCAAAGAUGUUUGAAUAGAUACAAAGGGUAUACAAAAUCAAAAUACAUCGCAGAAAAAUACUGUUGAAAAAUAGGCAUAGUCGAUCAGCCAACC